AUGCAGAUUGAUGAGGACCCCAGCUGGCAAGACCCCAUCAUCGACUACUUGGUGAAUGGAAACCUGCCAACGGAUAAGUCCGAAGCUAGGAAGGUCCAGCAGAAGGCCGCGAGAUACUAUAUGCACGGCAGCAAGCUCAUCUGUAGAUCAUACUCCAGCCCUCAUCUCACCUGCAUAAAGUACCCUCAAACACUUGAAGUCCUCUGCAAAAUUCACUCGCCCAGAAAACUCUGA